AUGAUGCAGGCGCCGCUCGGACGCUGCUUGUCACAGGGCCGGUCGUUUUCCAGACACCGCGAGCACAUCUGGAAUGGCAGAAACUCCCCAAUCUGCUGGCGAGCUUUGCGGGCCGCGGGCGGUUUCAUGGUCCUGAACUGGUAUCGUGGGGCUCGCCGCGGUGACCUGCCCGCGGGCUUCUUCAGUCCAUCCACGGCGGCAAGGUGCAGUCAGGGUCUUAUGCCCAGAUGCUUCUUCACGGAUUCCGGGGCACAGCACGCGCGUGAAGUUCACUGCCCUCGUCCUGGUAGCGCGAGCUGCACUCAAGCCAGUGAGGGACAGGCAGACGACUUCUCUCCUCUCGCUGCGAUAACUGCCAGCAUCACAUCGAGCAGGUCUGAGGCAUCAUUCCUCAUCAGAAACGACAAGUUAGAAGUUCAGCAUUGCUGCUGUAUUUGCUGUCACCCGACAGACGAACAGCGAUCUGGCGUCGUGGUUCCCGUUUUGGACGAGAUGUAG